CUCGAGCAGGCUGCAGAACCAAUCAGGCAGCAAGCCUGCAGAAAGCCAGAGAGGUUUCUUAACGCUUCUUCCUCUCUUCUUGUUUGGAGGAAUUGAAGCAGCUGCAAUGGCGGGUGGUGGAGCCAGCGGAGUGGCGCUCGCGCUGCUGCUGUGCCUGAGCGGCGCGGCGGUGGGCACCUGGGCUCGGCCGGUAGUUGCCCCCAAGGGGGACGACGGCAGCGCUUCCGGCGACGAGAAGUCGCUCUGGUUGAAGAAGAGCUUUGGGAAGGGACUUGGAGCUGGGAUUGGUGGAGGGUACGGAAAAGGCGGUGGUUUUGGAGGAGGUGGGGGGUUUGGCGGUGGAGGAGGCGGCGGCUUUGGAGGAGGCGGUGGACUAGGCGGUGGUGCUGGGUUUGGCAAAGGUGGCGGUGUUGGUGGAGGGUUUGGAAAGGGUGGCGGGCUUGGAGGUGGUUUUGGUAAAGGUGGUGGGAUUGGUGGAGGCAUUGGCCAUGGUGUUGGAGGUGGAUUUGGCAAAGGUGGAGGUCUAGGUGGUGGUAUUGGUCCUGGCAUUGGUGGCGGCUAUGGUAAAGGUGGAGGUUUAGGUGGUGGCAUUGGCAAAGGUGGUGGACUUGGAGGAGGUUUUGGAAAAGGAGGUGGUCUUGGUGGAGGUGCUGGUCUUGGGGGUGGCAGUGGUUUUGGUGGUGGUAUUGGCAAGGGUGGUGGACUUGGUGGUGGUUUUGGAAAAGGUGGCGGUCUUGGAGGUGGUGGUGGUCUUGGUGGCGGUAUUGGCAAGGGCGGAGGACUUGGUGGUGGUUUUGGUAAAGGUAGUGGUCUCGGUGACGGUAUUGGCAAGGGAGGCGGACUUGGUGGUGGUUUUGGAAAAGGUGGUGGUCUCGGAGGUGGUGGUGGACUUGGUGGUGGCAUUGGCAAGGGCGGCGGACUUGGUGGUGGUUUUGGAAAAGGUGGUGGUCUUGGGGGCGGUGGUGGACUUGGUGGGGGUGACGGUCUUGGCGGUGGCAUUGGCAAGGGCGGUGGUCUUGGCGGUGGUUUUGGUAAAGGUGGAGGUAUUGGUGGCGGAUUUGGGAAGGGCGGUGGAAUUGGUGAUGGUUUCGGCAAAGGUGGUGGUUUCGGGGGCGGUGGGGGACUUGGUGGAGGUGGUGGUGGAGGGCUUGGCGGUGGAGGUGGUGGAGGAUUUGGCGGUGGUGACGGUAGUGGUAUUGGCGGUGGCUUUGGCAAGGGUGGUGGAUUUGGUUUCGGUGCCGGUGGCGGAGGUUUCGGUGGAGGGGGAGGCGGAGGCGGCGGUGGCGGAGGAGGGAUCGGGGGAAUGCACUGAUACGUUGGUUCUCUAGUUUACUUCAGGUUUCUUGCACUCUAUCGGCUGUCAUGAUAUUUGGCUUGAGCGAGCGAGCAGCUGCAGUAUUUUGUAGGCUUUUGUCGUGGAGCUUGUAGCACUACUAUUGUGUUUGAUGGUGUUUCCCUCGUUUGCAGGUCUGUUGGUACUCUAUAUAUGUUGUUAUUAAUAUGUGACGUUGAUACCACACAUUAUGUAAGUCAAUGUGUCAACAUCAUGUUUCUAAUGAUUGGAGGUAUAAUUAAGAUUACAUAUGGAGGUUUAAUGAUCCUAUCAUAUAAGAUGUUAUUAGCAAACGUACCUCUAACUGAAUA